UUUCAAGGGCAUCUGUUGCUGUUUUUAUUCAUGACUUGCUUGUCAUUCCUUAUGUCAGUGCGGCGUUACCAAUUGAAGUAAGUAGACGGUUUUGUUGAAUUUACGCGAAGAUAGUCGUAGAGCAAACCAUGGGAACAGUAGAAAAUGGUGGGCAAGGGAAAGAGGUAAAUUAUGAAGAGAAAUUAUCAGAUACUUUGGUGUUUUACGUCAACGGGAAACGGAUAGUUGAUAACGAAGUCAAUCCAGAGUGGACUUUGCUGUAUUAUCUUCGAAACAAAUUGCAUUUAACGGGAACCAAACUGGGAUGCGCAGAGGGUGGUUGCGGUGCAUGCACGGUAAUGCUAUCGAAAUUUGAUCGUCAGAGACGAAAAAUUAUCCACCUAGCAAUCAAUGCUUGUCUAGCGCCGAUCUGCAGUGUCCAUGGGACAUCGAUAACAACCGUCGAAGGCAUAGGUAGCACCAGAACUACUUUGCAUCCCAUUCAGGAGCGGCUGGCAAAGGCUCACGGUUCACAAUGUGGCUUCUGCACCCCGGGGAUCGUUAUGUCGAUGUACGCCCUGCUGAGAUCGAAGCCCAAACCCUCGAUGAAAGAUCUGGAGGUGACAUUUCAGGGGAAUCUCUGCAGGUGCACAGGAGAAUUCAAUGUAGCGCUGCUAAGGGAUUCAUCCAAUCCCAGAGCUAUCUACUCAUCGAAGGCUGUCGGGGAACCCCCGCUCUUCCUCUCAGCCUCUGUAUUCUUUGCCAUAAAAAAUGCCAUUCUGGAUGCAAGGCGAGACGCCAAUGUUUCCGGCCGAUUCAGAUUCGAUUCACCAGCGACUUCCGCCAGGAUUCGCACAGCUUGCACCGAUGAAUUUGUUACAAAAUUUCCUGACAUUAACGGAGAUAGGGCAUGGAACAAAAUUCCUUGACGACCCAAAAGGACAAGGUACAAAUAAAUGAAUACAUUUGUUUAUUUUCAUGAUUAUAAUUUCUCUGUGCUGUAUAUUAAAUUAUAUAACUUGCAUAUUGAAAAAAAAAAUAUUGUUAUUGUUCAACGCGUUUGUACACAUCUCCAAACGCUAUCAUAUUAAAUUAAUUAAAAAAGGAAAAAACAAUGAGGGUCAUGAGAAAAUUCUACAGGAGAAAUCUAAAAAAAUGUAAAUCUACAGUUCCACAACUUAACUAAAUACAAUGAUUCCACUAUAUAAUCGUUAUCUAUCCGUUUGUUUUCAUUCAAUAAAUACUUUGAACAAUGCACAAGAGCCAUAAAUAAGUUUGUUUUUUUAUUUUCGUUUGUUCUCGCUAUAAUGACGUAUGCUAAAACUAUAUGCGUUUCAAAAUGCUGUAUAAUAGGACCAGAUUAUUAUAUUACACUGGUUUUAACCACCAGUAAUACGCCUAAUCUACUGCUUUUAUGCUGAAACUUAUUUAAUUUUAUCAUCUUACGAUUUUCUUGUUCUUGUUUUAUAAUUUCUAGUCUCUUCGAAGUUUCUACUCAAUGAUAAACAUUAUGCUACACACUCGUGUUAAUUUGUCAAUUGAUUCUCGUGGUUCUGGUUCAUUGCAAAAAACGAAUUACGAGAUAUUCACCGAAUAAAUUCGUCAAUUAUGAGAUAAAA